AUGGCAGGUCGCCGGUGGGCCGCGACGUCAGCCCUCUGCGUGUGCGUGGCUGCCGUCUCUCUCCUGCACACCAGCGGGGUGCGGGCAGACUGCUGGCUCAUCGAGGGGGACAAGGGCUUCGUCUGGUUGGCCAUCUGCAGCCAAAACCAGCCCCCCUACGAGUCCAUCCCCCAGCAAAUCAACAGCACCAUUGUGGACUUGCGGCUGAACGACAACAAGAUCAAGAGCGUGCAGUAUGCCUCGCUCAGCCGCUUCGGCAACCUGACAUACCUCAACCUGACGAAGAACGAGAUCUCCUACAUCGAGGACGGUGCCUUUUCAGGACAGUUCAACCUCCAGGUGCUGCAGCUGGGUUACAACCGACUGAGGAACCUCACCGAGGGCAUCCUCCGGGGCCUGGGGAAGCUGGAGUACCUCUAUCUCCAGGCCAACCUCAUUGAGUCCGUCACCCCCAAUGCCUUCUGGGAGUGCCCCAACAUAGUGAACAUUGACCUGUCCAUGAACAGGAUCCAGAGACUCGACAGCAACACUUUUCGGGGCCUAAACAAGCUCUCUGUCUGUGAACUCUACAGUAACCCCUUCUAUUGCUCCUGUGAGCUCCUCGGUUUCCUGCAAUGGCUGGAGGCUUUCACCAACAUGACACGCACGUAUGACCGGAUGCAGUGCGACUCCCCACCUGACUACAUGGGCUACUACUUGUUAGGCCAAGGCCGGACUGGCUACCGCAAUGCUCUGAGCAUGCUCUCUUCCCUUUGCACUGGUGGCUCCUACACUGUGAUCCCUCGUUUUAUCCCUCCCAGGUACCAGGUGACCACAGCACCCUCCGAAAGCCCCUGCUCCGAUGAGGAGUGCUCCUCCGGUGAUGGCACGACCCCGCAGUUCUCCCUCUUCACACCCAUCGGCGAGACGGAGGUGCGUCCUAACAUCCAGGUGAAGCACCUCAACCAUAACUCGGCCGUCCUCACCGUGCAGAUCCCCUACCCCUUCAGCAAGAUGUACAUCCUCUCCCAAUUCGAAAACGGCUUCUCCUCCAUGAUCACCAAGCUCAGGAAGAAGGAGGAGAACAUCACCGUGAGCAACCUAGUAGCACAAAGAGAUUACACCUACUGUGUAGUCUCUGUCCACCAGUACUCCAAGUACAACCACACCUGUGUCACCAUCACACCCACCAGACCCAACCGCAAGGAGCCAGUGCCCACCCCUUCCACUGCCACUCAUUACAUCAUGACAAUCCUGGGCUGUCUCUUUGGCAUGGUGAUUGUCCUGGGUGUUGUGUAUUACUGUCUCCGAAAGAGGCGCCAGCAGGAGGAGAAGCACAAAAAGGCUGCCGGCAGCAUGAAGAAGACCAUCAUUGAGCUGAAAUAUGGGCCAGAAAUGGAGACCACCAGCAUCACCCAGCUGUCCCAGGGACAGAUGCUGGGUGGGGAGACCGUGACCCGCAUCCCCUACCUGCCUUCUGCUGGUGAGGUCGAGCAGUACAAGCUGAUUGACAGCAGCGAGACCCCCAAGGCCACCAAGGGCAACUACAUGGAGGUGAGGACAGGCGAGCAGCCCGAGAGGCGAGACUGUGAGCUGUCCCUGCCGCCAGACACCCAGAGCUCCGUGGCCGAGAUCUCCACCAUUGCCAAGGAGGUGGACAAGGUGAACCAGAUCAUCAACAACUGCAUCGAUGCCUUGAAAUCUGAGUCCACCUCCUUCCAAGGGGUGAAAUCAGGGGCAGUCUCCACGGUGGAGCCUCAGCUGGUGCUCUUAUCAGAGCAGAUCCCCAGCAAGCACGGAUUCCUCUCGCCCGUCUACAAGGAAAGCUACAGCCACCCUCUCCAGCGGCACCACAGCAUGGAGGCAGCCCCCAAACGCUCCAGCACCUCUUCCAGUGGCUCCAUACGGAGCCCCAGGUCCUACCGCUCUGAGGGAUCGGGCCACAAAUCAGAAGCCAAAUACAUUGAGAAGACGUCCCCCACCACCGACACCAUCCUCACUGUGACACCGGCUGCGGCCAUCCUGCGGGCAGAGGCGGAGAAGAUCCGUCAGUACAGCGAACACCGGCACUCAUACCCCGGCUCGCACCAAGGAGAGCAGCACGACAGCAUGGCAGGGCGAAAGCCCUCCAUCCUGGAGCCUCUGACCCGUCCUCGCCCCAGAGACCUGGCUUAUUCCCAGCUCUCGCCUCAAUAUCACAACCUGAGCUACACCUCCAGCCCAGAGUACACCUGCAAACCAUCGCACAGCAUCUGGGAGCGCUUCAAACUCAACCGCAAGCGGCACAAAGACGAGGAGGAGUAUAUGGCAGCCGGCCAUGCCCUACGCAAAAAGGUCCAGUUUGCCAAAGACGAGGAUCUUCACGACAUCUUAGACUACUGGAAGGGCGUCUCUGCCCAGCAAAAGUCCUGA